CAGAUGUUCAUCACUGCUCCGUUCAGCGACUGCAAGGACCGUCUGGAUGUGGAAUCCUUCAGUAAAGCCUGCAUGGCCGACUUGUGCAACUCUGCAAAUGACAGCGCCUCCAUCCUCUGCCAAACCAUCUCAGAGUACUCCAGAGAGUGUAUCCACGCUGGAGGCAAACCCCAGCAAUGGAGGAAUGAAAGUUUUUGCUACAAGGAAUGUCCGUAUAAAAUGACCUUUUUGGAGUGUAGCAGUGCAUGUCCCAACACCUGCUCCACCCCUCAGGCCAGCCAGACAUGUGACAGCCACUGCCAUGAUGGUUGCAGCUGCCCUGCCGGAAAGGUGUUUGAUGACAUCAGUGACUCUGGCUGUAUUGUACAGUCUGAGUGUGCAUGUCUGUACAACAACAAAGUGUACCAGUCAGGAGAGUCGUACAAUCACAGCUGCAGAUCCUGUGAGUGUCAGGGUGGUAAGUGGAACUGCAUUGAAGAGAACUGCCCAGGAACCUGCUCAGUGGAGGGAGGAGCUCACAUCAACACCUUUGAUGAAAAAGUCUACACCUUCCAUGGGGAUUGCUCCUACAUUCUGGCUAAGCAAGCUGAUGGCUCCCUUUUCACUAUGCUGGUGGAUUUGCUCAAGUGUGGUAAAUCUGACAAACAUACCUGCCUCAAGGCUGUGACACUGUCCUUAUACAACAAUUCUCUGGUUGUUAAAAUCCAGGAGUCCGGGCAGGUCUCUAUAAACAACAUCCCUUCUCAGCUUCCACUUUUCACACCGGAUCUGGGUGUCUUCAAGCCAUCAUCCUUCUACAUGGUUAUAAGCACUAAAGUGGGCUUUCAAAUAAUGGUCCAGCUGGUGCCUCUGAUGCAGGUCUUCAUUACAGCUAAUCCUUCCCUCAAAGGAACAAUCUCUGGAUUGUGUGGGAACUUCAAUGACAAGGUGACUGAUGACUUCAAGGUGAUGAGCGGGCUGGUGGAGGGCACCGCUGCAAGCUUUGCCAACACUUGGAAAACCAGAGCCAACUGCAAAGACAUCAUAACAAAUUAUGGACACCCUUGUAGCAAUGGCAUCAAAACGGAGGGUUACGCCCAGUACAGUUGCUCCAAACUGACGGAUCCCGAGGGAGUGUUUGCUCCUUGCCACUCUGCCAUUAGCCCCACCUCGUACAAAGAUAACUGCAUGUAUGACAGCUGUAACUGUGACAAAAGUGAGGUCUGCAUGUGUGCUGCAAUCUCCUCAUACGUCUAUGCCUGUUCAGCGGCAGGAAUCCACCUGACUGGCUGGAGGUCGACCAUCUGUGGCAAAUUCAGUGAAUCUUGUCCAGUAGGAACAGCGUAUGCCUAUAAUAUGACCAGCUGCAUGCGUACGUGCCGCUCCCUGAGCCAGACUGAUUACUCCUGCCAGCUCGGCUUCCCCAGAGUGGACGGCUGUGGCUGUAAUGAGGGAACCUACUUGAAUGAGGAGAAGAAGUGUGUGGCCAGGUCAAGCUGUCCCUGUUAUGAUAAAGAUUCCAUUAUUCCUGCUAAACAGACUUUCACCAAAGACGAACACACAUGCUUCUGCAAACAAGGAAUUCUCAGCUGCCCAGGAGGACCACCUCUAUCCGUAUGUACUUCCCCCAUGGUAUAUUUGAACUGCUCCGAGGCUCAACCCGGGACUACUGGCAUUGAGUGUCAAAAGAGCUGCAGCACUCUGGACAUGGCUUGUAUCAGUACAGGCUGUCUGUCAGGCUGCAUCUGCCCUGAUGGCCAGGUAUCAGAUGGAUUAGGGGGCUGCAUCAAUGAGACCAAAUGUCCAUGUGUGCACAACGGAAAGAUCUACCAACCUGGAGACACACUGACGGUCGACUGCAACACCUGCUAUUGCAAAGAAAGGAAGUUCAAAUGUACCGAAAAAUUGUGUGAUUCUGUAUGUGGGAUCUAUGGAGAUGGCCACUACGUCACAUUUGAUGAUAAGAGGUUCGACUUCAGUGGACAGUGUGGAUACACACUCCUCCAGGACUUCUGUGGUAGUGGUCAGAGCAACGGAAGCUUCAGAAUCAUCACUGAGAAUGUUCCAUGUGGAUCCACAGGAAUUACCUGUUCCAAGACCAUCAAGAUCUUCCUGGGGGACAAUGAAUUCCAACUUAAAGAUGACAACUUCCAGGUGAUAAAGGGCAGCAGCAAAGUGUUCCCUGCUCAGAUACACAAGAUGGGUAUUUACCUAGUGGUAACGAUCAAGGCAGGACUCGUGCUCAUGUGGGACCAGAAGACCAGUCUUUUCAUUAAACUCAGCCCAGAUUUCAAGGGUCAAGUCUGCGGUUUGUGUGGAAACUAUGAUGGCAACAGCAAUAAUGACUUCACCACAAGCUCUCAGGGGACCGUGGCCGAUGUUCUCGAAUUUGGUAACAGUUGGAGGGUUUCCUCCAGCUGCCCCAGCGCCGAACUAAUCAGUGAUCCCUGUUCCUCAAACGGCUACCGGGCAACCUGGUCACAGAAAAAAUGUAGCGUCAUCACCAGUGUCACCUUCCAGAACUGCCAUUCACAGGUUGACCCUGGACCAUACUUUGAUUCUUGUGUGAGAGACUCUUGUGCUUGUGACUCCGGUGGGGACUGUGAAUGUCUCUGCACAGCUGUGGCGGCCUAUGCCAAAGCUUGUAAUGAAGCUGGAGCGUGUGUUAAAUGGAGAUCUCCAAAAAUGUGCCCUAUAUUCUGUGACUACUAUAAUGCUCCCGAUGGUUGUGAGUGGCACUACAGGCCUUGUGGAGCUGCCUGCAUGAAGACGUGCCGAAAUCCAUCAGGAAACUGUUCCAACCUCAUCACUGCCCUGGAAGGCUGCUAUCCACAUUGUCCUCCAAACCAGCCAUACUUUGAUGAAGACACCAUGAAGUGUGUUGAAUGGAACCAGUGUGGCUGCUAUGAUAGUAGAGGUACCCAUUACCGCCCUGGAGAUAAGGUUCCAUCAAACAACUGUUACAAUUGCUCCUGUGAGGUUUCCGGAAUAUCAUGCAGCUACAACAUGAGCUCAUGUACAUGCUUCAUGAAUGGAAAAUACUACAGAUAUGGGGAAACCAUCUACAGCACGACAGAUGGGCUAGGAAACUGCAUUACAGCUGAGUGUGGGGCCAACGGGAAUGUAAAUAGGAAAGUCUACCCUUGCUUAACGACCACAACCCCUGGCCCUACAUCAACGCCCUUUACGUUCAGCACAACUCCAACAACAACGGAAGGAACUACAACCACAGCUGCAGAAACAACUGCUUCAAGUGGAACAACAGUAACAGCUGAGACGACCAAAACCCCUAAAUCCACCACAGGUCCAACGACACUUUCUACCACAAGUAUUGUUGAGACUACAACCACAGGGCCUGUUGUCACAACAACAAGCCCAGAAACAACAGUUGUAACAUCAAAACCAACUGUAAGUACCACUACCACUACAGUAGCUCCAAUAACAACGGAAGGAACUACAACCACAGCUGCAGAAACAACUGCUUCAAGUGGAACAACAGUAACAGCUGAGACGACCAAAACCCCUAAAUCCACCACCGGUCCAACGACACUUUCUACCACAAGUAUUGUUGAGACUACAACCACAGUGCCUGUUGUCAAAACAACAAGCCCAGAAACAACAGUUGUAACAUCAAAACCAACAAGCCCAGAAACAACAGUCGUAACAUCAAAACCAACUGUAAGUACCACUACCACUACAGCAGCUCCAACAACAACAGAAGGAACUACAACCACAGCUACAGAAACAACUGCUUCAAGUGGAACAACAGUAACAGCUGAGACGACCAAAAGCCCUAAAUCCACCACCGGUCCAACGACACUUUCUACCACAAGUAUUGUUGAGACUACAACCACAGUGCCUGUUGUCAAAACAACAAGCCCAGAAACAACAGUUGUAACAUCAAAACCAACUGUAAGUACCACUACCACUACAGUAGCUCCAACAACAACGGAAGGAACUACAACCACAGCUGCAGAAACAACUGCUUCAAGUGGAACAACAGUAACAGCUGAGACGACCAAAACCCCUAAAUCCACCACCGGUCCAACGACACUUUCUACCACAAGUAUUGUAGAGAGUACAACCACAGUGCCUGUUGUCAAAACAACAAGCCCAGAAACAACAGUUGUAACAUCAAAACCAACAAGCCCAGAAACAACAGUCGUAACAUCAAAACCAACUGUAAGUACCACUACCACUACAGCAGCUCCAACAACAACGGAAGGAACUACAUCCACAGCUACAGAAACAACUGCUUCAAGUGGAACAACAGUAACAGCUGAGACGACCAAAACCCCUAAAUCCACCACCGGUCCAACGACACUUUCUACCACAAGUAUUGUUGAGACUACAACCACAGGGCCUGUUGUCACAACAACAAGCCCAGAAACAACAGUUGUAACAUCAAAACCAAGUACCACUACCACUACAGUAGCUCCAACAACAACGGAAGGAACUACAACCACAGCUGCAGAAACAACUGCUUCAAGUGGAACAACAGUAACAGCUGAGACGACCAAAACCCCUAAAUCCACCACCGGUCCAACGACACUUUCUACCACAAGUAUUGUUGAGACGACAACCACAGUGCCUGUUGUCAAAACAACAAGCCCAGAAACAACACUUGUAACAUCAAAACCAACAAGCCCAGAAACAACAGUCGUAACAUCCAAACCAACUGUAAGUACCACUACCACUACAGCAGCUCCAACAACACCGGAAGGAACUACAACCACAGCUGCAGAAACAACUGCUUCAAGUGGAACAACAGUAACAGCUGAGACGACCAAAAGCCCUAAAUCCACCACCGGUCCAACGACACUUUCUACCACAAGUAUUGUUGAGACUACAACCACAGUGCCUGUUGUCAAAACAACAAGCCCAGAAACAACAGUUGUAACAUCAAAACCAACAAGCCCAGAAACAACAGUCGUAACAUCAAAACCAACUGUAAGUACCACUACCACUACAGCAGCUCCAACAACAACGGAAGGAACUACAACCACAGCUGCAGAAACAACUGCUUCAAGUGGAACAACAGUAACAGCUGAGACGACCAAAACCCCUAAAUCCACCACCGGUCCAACGACACUUUCUACCACAAGUAUUGUUGAGACUACAACCACAGUGCCUGUUGUCACAACAACAAGCCCAGAAACAACAGUUGUAACAUCAAAACCAACUGUAAGUACCACUACCACUACAGUAGCUCCAACAACAACGGAAGGAACUACAACCACAGCUGCAGAAACAACUGCUUCAAGUGGAACAACAGUAACAGCUGAGACGACCAAAACCCCUAAAUCCACCACCGGUCCAACGACACUUUCUACCACAAGUAUUGUUGAGAGUACAACCACAGUGCCUGUUGUCAAAACAACAAGCCCAGAAACAACAGUUCACCACUACAGCAGCUCCAACAACAACGGAAGGAACUACAAGCCCAGAAACAACAGUGGUAACAUCAAAACCAACUGUAAGUACCACUACAGCAGCUCCAACAACAACGGAAGGAACUACAAGCCCAGAAACAACAGUUCUGCAGAAACAACUGCUUCAAGUGGAACAACAGUAACAGCUGAGACGACCAAAACCCCUAAAUCCACCACCGGUCCAACGACACUUUCUACCACAAGUAUUGUUGAGACUACAACCACAGUGCCUGUUGUCAAAACAACAAGCCCAGAAACAACAGUUGUAACAUCAAAACCAACAAGCCCAGAAACAACAGUCGUAACAUCAAAACCAACUGUAAGUACCACUACCACUACAGUAGCUCCAACAACAACGGAAGGAACUACAACCACAGCUACAGAAACAACUGCUUCAAGUGGAACAACAGUAACAGCUGAGACGACCAAAAGCCCUAAAUCCACCACCGGUCCAACGACACUUUCUACCACAAGUAUUGUUGAGACUACAACCACAGGGCCUGUUGUAACAACAACAAGCCCAGAAACAACAGUUGUAACAUCAAAACCAACAAGCCCAGAAACAACAGUCGUAACAUCAAAACCAACUGUAAGUACCACUACCACUUCAGCAGCUCCAACAACAACGGAAGGAACUACAACCACAGCUACAGAAACAACUGCUUCAAGUGGAACAACAGUAACAGCUGAGACGACCAAAACCCCUAAAUCCACCACCGGUCCAACGACACUUUCUACCACAAGUAUUGUUGAGACUACAACCACAGUGCCUGUUGUCAAAACAACAAGCCCAGAAACAACAGUUGUAACAUCAAAACCAACAAGCCCAGAAACAACAGUCGUAACAUCAAAACCAACUGUAAGUACCACUACCACUACAGUAGCUCCAACAACAACGGAAGGAACUACAACCACAGCUGCAGAAACAACUGCUUCAAGUGGAACAACAGUAACAGCUGAGACGACCAAAACCCCUAAAUCCACCACCGGUCCAACGACACUUUCUACCACAAGUAUUGUUGAGACGACAACCACAGUGCCUGUUGUCAAAACAACAAGCCCAGAAACAACACUUGUAACAUCAAAACCAACAAGCCCAGAAACAACAGUCGUAACAUCCAAACCAACUGUAAGUACCACUACCACUACAGCAGCUCCAACAACACCGGAAGGAACUACAACCACAGCUGCAGAAACAACUGCUUCAAGUGGAACAACAGUAACAGCUGAGACGACCAAAAGCCCUAAAUCCACCACCGGUCCAACGACACUUUCUACCACAAGUAUUGUUGAGACUACAACCACAGUGCCUGUUGUCAAAACAACAAGCCCAGAAACAACAGUUGUAACAUCAAAACCAACAAGCCCAGAAACAACAGUCGUAACAUCAAAACCAACUGUAAGUACCACUACCACUACAGCAGCUCCAACAACAACGGAAGGAACUACAACCACAGCUGCAGAAACAACUGCUUCAAGUGGAACAACAGUAACAGCUGAGACGACCAAAAGCCCUAAAUCCACCACCGGUCCAACGACACUUUCUACCACAAGUAUUGUUGAGACUACAACCACAGGGCCUGUUGUAACAACAACAAGCCCAGAAACAACAGUUGUAACAUCAAAACCAACAAGCCCAGAAACAACAGUCGUAACAUCAAAACCAACUGUAAGUACCACUACCACUUCAGCAGCUCCAACAACAACGGAAGGAACUACAACCACAGCUACAGAAACAACUGCUUCAAGUGGAACAACAGUAACAGCUGAGACGACCAAAAGCCCUAAAUCCACCACCGGUCCAACGACACUUUCUACCACAAGUAUUGUUGAGACUACAACCACAGUGCCUGUUGUCAAAACAACAAGCCCAGAAACAACAGUUGUAACAUCAAAACCAACAAGCCCAGAAACAACAGUCGUAACAUCAAAACCAACUGUAAGUACCACUACCACUACAGUAGCUCCAACAACAACGGAAGGAACUACAACCACAGCUGCAGAAACAACUGCUUCAAGUGGAACAACAGUAACAGCUGAGACGACCAAAACCCCUAAAUCCACCACCGGUCCAACGACACUUUCUACCACAAGUAUUGUUGAGACUACAACCACAGUGCCUGUUGUCAAAACAACAAGCCCAGAAACAACAGUUGUAACAUCAAAACCAACAAGCCCAGAAACAACAGUCGUAACAUCAAAACCAACUGUAAGUACCACUACCACUACAGUAGCUCCAACAACAACGGAAGGAACUACAACCACAGCUACAGAAACAACUGCUUCAAGUGGAACAACAGUAACAGCUGAGACGACCAAAAGCCCUAAAUCCACCACCGGUCCAACGACACUUUCUACCACAAGUAUUGUUGAGACUACAACCACAGGGCCUGUUGUAACAACAACAAGCCCAGAAACAACAGUUGUAACAUCAAAACCAACAAGCCCAGAAACAACAGUCGUAACAUCAAAACCAACUGUAAGUACCACUACCACUUCAGCAGCUCCAACAACAACGGAAGGAACUACAACCACAGCUACAGAAACAACUGCUUCAAGUGGAACAACAGUAACAGCUGAGACGACCAAAAGCCCUAAAUCCACCACCGGUCCAACGACACUUUCUACCACAAGUAUUGUUGAGACUACAACCACAGGGCCUGUUGUAACAACAACAAGCCCAGAAACAACAGUUGUAACAUCAAAACCAACAAGCCCAGAAACAACAGUCGUAACAUCAAAACCAACUGUAAGUACCACUACCACUUCAGCAGCUCCAACAACAACGGAAGGAACUACAACCACAGCUACAGAAACAACUGCUUCAAGUGGAACAACAGUAACAGCUGAGACGACCAAAACCCCUAAAUCCACCACCGGUCCAACGACACUUUCUACCACAAGUAUUGUUGAGACUACAACCACAGUGCCUGUUGUCAAAACAACAAGCCCAGAAACAACAGUUGUAACAUCAAAACCAACAAGCCCAGAAACAACAGUCGUAACAUCAAAACCAACUGUAAGUACCACUACCACUACAGCAGCUCCAACAACAACGGAAGGAACUACAACCACAGCUGCAGAAACAACUGCUUCAAGUGGAACAACAGUAACAGCUGAGACGACCAAAACCCCUAAAUCCACCACCGGUCCAACGACACUUUCUACCACAAGUAUUGUUGAGACUACAACCACAGUGCCUGUUGUCAAAACAACAAGCCCAGAAACAACAGUUGUAACAUCAAAACCAACAAGCCCAGAAACAACAGUCGUAACAUCAAAACCAACUGUAAGUACCACUACCACUAUAGCAGCUCCAACAACAACGGAAGGAACUACAACCACAGCUACAGAAACAACUGCUUCAAGUGGAACAACAGUAACAGCUGAGACGACCAAAACCCCUAAAUCCACCACCGGUCCAACGACACUUUCUACCACAAGUAUUGUUGAGAGUACAACCACAGGGCCUGUUGUCACAACAACAAGCCCAGAAACAACAGUUGUAACAUCAAAACCAACAAGCCCAGAAACAACAGUCGUAACAUCAAAACCAACUGUAAGUACCACUACCACUACAGUAGCUCCAACAACAACGGAAGGAACUACAACCACAGCUACAGAAACAACUGCUUCAAGUGGAACAACAGUAACAGCUGAGACGACCAAAAGCCCUAAAUCCACCACCGGUCCAACGACACUUUCUACCACAAGUAUUGUUGAGACUACAACCACAGGGCCUGUUGUAACAACAACAAGCCCAGAAACAACAGUUGUAACAUCAAAACCAACAAGCCCAGAAACAACAGUCGUAACAUCAAAACCAACUGUAAGUACCACUACCACUUCAGCAGCUCCAACAACAACGGAAGGAACUACAACCACAGCUACAGAAACAACUGCUUCAAGUGGAACAACAGUAACAGCUGAGACGACCAAAACCCCUAAAUCCACCACCGGUCCAACGACACUUUCUACCACAAGUAUUGUUGAGACUACAACCACAGGGCCUGUUGUAACAACAACAAGCCCAGAAACAACAGUUGUAACAUCAAAACCAACAAGCCCAGAAACAACAGUCGUAACAUCAAAACCAACUGUAAGUACCACUACCACUUCAGCAGCUCCAACAACAACGGAAGGAACUACAACCACAGCUACAGAAACAACUGCUUCAAGUGGAACAACAGUAACAGCUGAGACGACCAAAACCCCUAAAUCCACCACCGGUCCAACGACACUUUCUACCACAAGUAUUGUUGAGACUACAACCACAGUGCCUGUUGUCAAAACAACAAGCCCAGAAACAACAGUUGUAACAUCAAAACCAACAAGCCCAGAAACAACAGUCGUAACAUCAAAACCAACUGUAAGUACCACUACCACUACAGCAGCUCCAACAACAACGGAAGGAACUACAACCACAGCUGCAGAAACAACUGCUUCAAGUGGAACAACAGUAACAGCUGAGACGACCAAAACCCCUAAAUCCACCACCGGUCCAACGACACUUUCUACCACAAGUAUUGUUGAGACUACAACCACAGUGCCUGUUGUCAAAACAACAAGCCCAGAAACAACAGUUGUAACAUCAAAACCAACUGUAAGUACCACUACCACUACAGUAGCUCCAACAACAACGGAAGGAACUACCACCACAGCUGCAGAAACAACUGCUUCAAGUGGAACAACAGUAACAGCUGAGACGACCAAAACCCCUAAAUCCACCACCGGUCCAACGACACUUUCUACCACAAGUAUUGUUGAGACUACAACCACAGUUACCACUACCACUACAGCAGCUCCAACAACAACGGAAGGAACUACAACCACAGCUACAGAAACAACUGCUUCAAGUGGAACAACAGUAACAGCUGAGACGACCAAAAGCCCUAAAUCCACCACCGGUCCAACGACACUUUCUACCACAAGUAUUGUUGAGACUACAACCACAGGGCCUGUUGUAACAACAACAAGCCCAGAAACAACAGUUGUAACAUCAAAACCAACAAGCCCAGAAACAACAGUCGUAACAUCAAAACCAACUGUAAGUACCACUACCACUACAGCAGCUCCAACAACAACGGAAGGAACUACAACCACAGCUACAGAAACAACUGCUUCAAGUGGAACAACAGUAACAGCUGAGACGACCAAAACCCCUAAAUCCACCACCGGUCCAACGACACUUUCUACCACAAGUAUUGUUGAGACUACAACCACAGUGCCUGUUGUCAAAACAACAAGCCCAGAAACAACAGUUGUAACAUCAAAACCAACAAGCCCAGAAACAACAGUCAUAACAUCCAAACCAACUGUAAGUACCACUACCACUACAGCAGCUCCAACAACAACGGAAGGAACUACAACCACAGCUGCAGAAACAACUGCUUCAAGUGGAACAACAGUAACAGCUGAGACGAGAGAAGCACCUACAUCCACCGCUCAUGAAGUGAUCACUUCAUCGUUAGAAACGACAACAGUAAUUACAAAACCUGUUGUUGUCAACACUACAGCUUCACCUGGCACUACAGAAACAACAGGCACAGGUACAACCUCCAUUAGCCCAAUAACACAGACACUUCCACCCAGCACAACUGUCUACACAACUGUUCCAACCACUGCCCGACCAACAACUACAGUUGUUACCACUACUUCUCCCUUCACCACAACUACAACAGCAUGUGUCUGCAGUGUCAAUGGAACUUCACUAAAUCCUGGGGAACAGCUGUAUAAUGUCACUGAUGGCAGUGGGUGGUGUUUUUAUGCAUUUUGUAAUGCAUCUUGUAAAACUGAGGUACGUUCCAUGCCGUGUGCCACAACCACACUACCAACCACAACUCCCGGGUUGAGCACCCCUACAACGGCCCCAUUUUCAACUUCAACUACUACCGCUCAAUCAACAACCCCGUCUACAACAACUUUGGACUGCACUGAUGUGUAUCCAGAAAGAAAGAAUGGAGAAACCUGGGAUGCUGGCAACUGCACCACAGCUGAAUGCAUUAAUGGUGUUGUGAAAACGAAGUCUACUCCCUGUUCCACUGUACAAGAACCCCUCUGUGCUAAUGGACGCAAACCUGUUAAAAUGGAUAACAAAGAUGGUUGCUGCUUCCACUACGAAUGUGAAUGUGUGUGCAGUGUCUGGAGUGGAACCCACUACAAGACAUUUGAUGGAAAAAACUACGAUUUCAACAAGAACUGCACUUACUACCUGGUCAAAGAGAUGAUCAAUACAUAUAACCUGACGAUAACAGUGAACAACCAUGUCUGUGAGCCUUCAGAGGAUACAUUCUGCCCACAGGAUCUCACUGUUAUGUACCAAUCCUACAAGAUCGUCUUCACGCAAAUAAAGACUUCAGAAUCUACAGUUAAUGCAGUGUAUUUGAAUGACGAACGAAUCUAUCCCGCCUACCAAAACUCUGACCUGCUCAUCACCAGCACAGAUAUUGCGGUCACACUGGAGAUACCAGGGAUCAGCACAGAAGUGGUCUACAGGGGCUCCUCAAUCUCCAUUGAGCUUGCCUUUUCGCUCUUUGAGGGCAACACUGAGGGACAGUGUGGGACCUGUGACAACUCCGCGAACAACGACUGCCGUUCUCCCAACGGUCAGGUGGAAAGCUGCUCUGACUCUGCAGGCCAGUGGCUUGACCCAAAAAAACCAUGUAACCCCCUUACUACUAUUGAACCCCCUGUGACCUCAACAAGAGUACCACAGACAACAACACAGCCUCCUUGCAAUACUGCCAUCUGUGAUCUCCUAAAUUCCAGUGUAUUUGAACCAUGCCACUCAGUCAUACCGCGAGGAUCAUACUUGAAAACCUGUACUUCUGACAUUUGUAUCAAUGGAAAUAACACCUGCACCAGCCUGGAGGCCUAUGCCGCAGAGUGCUCUAAUGCAGGAGUCUGUAUCAACUGGAGGAAUGCCACCAACGGGCAGUGUGAGCACAAGUGUCAAGGCAACCAAGUGUACAGAGCUUGUGGCCCCAAAGUGGAGCAAACAUGUAUUGAAAGAUACAAUAAGAAGUUUGACGCCCGUAAGAACGCAUCCAACAACAGCUCUCAGGAGGGUUGUUUCUGUACUGAUGGCACCACCUUAUUCAACACAGUCUAUGGCAAAUGUGUUGCCUACUGCGGUUGUGUUGGACCUGAUGGAAAUCCCAAAAAGCCUGGUGAAACAUGGACGGUCAACUGCAAAAACUGUAUGUGCAACAAGGAUUCCAUGAGCGUCGUGUGUGAGCCUGUUAAUUGCACAUCAGUUUCCACCCCCGACUGCACUGCACCUUACAAGCUGGUCAACAAGACCGAGGGCUGCUGCUACAAUCAGACAUGUGAAUGUGAUAAGAGCCUGUGUCCUGCUCCCAUGCAAUGCUCGCUGGGCUUCAAACUCGAAGUCACCCAAAGUGACUGCUGCAAAUCCUACAAGUGUGUUCCUAAAGGAGUAUGUGUCUACAACAUGACUGAGUACCAGCCUGGUGAUAAGGUUCCAACACCAGAACCAGAACCAGAAGCUCCAAUAGAAGAACCAGUCACAGAAAAAACAUCAGCAACAACAGCAACACCCAUAGGACCAGAACAAACCUCUGGAACAAUAGCGCCACCAUCUGGAUCAACGAAAACAUCAGCAACAACAGCAUCACCAUCUGGAUCAGCAAAAACCUCAGCAACAACCGCAUCACCAACAGGACCAGUAGAAACCUCUGGAACAAUAGCGCCACCAUCUGGAUCAGCAAAAACAUCAGCAACAACAGCAUCACCAUCUGGAUCAGCAAAAACAGCAGCAACAACAGCAUCACCAACAGGACCAGUAGAAACCUCUGGAACAAUACCGCCACCAUCUGGAUCAACAAAAACAUCAGCAACAACAGCAUCACCAUCUGGAUCAGCAAAAACAGCAGCAACAACAGUAUCACCAACAGGACCAGUAGAAACCUCUGGAACAAUAGCGCCACCAACAGGACCAGUAGAAACCUCUGGAACAAUAGCGCCACCAUCUGGAUCAUCAAAAACAUCAGCAACAACAGCAUCACCAUCUGGAUCAGCAAAAACAUCAGCAACAACAGCAUCACCAACAGGACCAGUAGAAACCUCUGGAACAAUAGCGCCACCAACAGGACCAGUAGAAACCUCUGGAACCAUAGCGCCACCAUCUGGAUCAGCAAAAACAGCAGCAAAAACAGCAGCAACAACAGCAUCAGCAACAGGACCAGGAGAAACCUCUGGAACAAUACCGCCACCAUCUGGAUCAACAAAAACAUCAGCAACAACAGCAUCACCAUCUGGAUCAGCAAAAACAGCAGCAACAACAGCAUCACCAUCUGGAUCAGCAAAAACAGCAGCAACAACAGCAUCACCAUCUGGAUCAGCAAAAACAGCAGCAACAACAGCAUCACCAUCUGGAUCAGCAAAAACAGCAGCAACAACAGCAUCACCAACAGGACCAGUAGAAACCUCUGGAACAAUACCGCCACCAUCUGGAUCAACAAAAACAUCAGCAACAACAGCAUCACCAUCUGGAUCAGCAAAAACAUCAGCAACAACAGCAUCACCAACAGGACCAGUAGAAACCUCUGGAACAAUAGCGCCACCAACAGGACCAGUAGAAACCUCUGGAACCAUAGCGCCACCAUCUGGAUCAGCAAAAACAGCAGCAAAAACAGCAGCAACAACAGCAUCAGCAACAGGACCAGGAGAAACCUCUGGAACAAUACCGCCACCAUCUGGAUCAACAAAAACAGCAGCAACAACAGCAUCACCAUCUGGAUCAGCAAAAACAGCAGCAACAACAGCAUCACCAUCUGGAUCAGCAAAAACAGCAGCAACAACAGCAUCACCAUCUGGAUCAGCAAAAACAGCAGCAACAACAGCAUCACCAUCUGGAUCAGCAAAAACAGCAGCAACAACAGCAUCACCAACAGGACCAGGAGAAACCUCUGGAACAACAGCGCCACAAUCUGGAGGAUCCACUCAGCAACCUAUAUCAGAUGUGGUUAUCAAUCCAGGGCCAUGCCAGGAGUGUUACUGUGGUCCCAAUAUGAAUCCCAACACAAGUAUAAACAUCAUUACCUGUAAACCUAUUGUCUGCAAAAAGAACUGCUCCGAGGAUUCUGAAUAUCAGACCAUACCUGAGGAGUGCUGCGGGACCUGUGUUCAGACAAAGUGUACUUUACUCACAGCUAACAACACAAAGGUUUACAUUGAGAUCAACCAGACUUAUACGUCGCCUGAAGACAAGUGUAUGCACUACACCUGUGAGAAGAUCAAUGGACAGCUUGUUACCAGCAAGAUUGUUGUAACUUGUCCUUACUUUAACCCCCUGGAUUGUGAACCUGGCACCGAGACAACUGACGCCAAUGGAUGUUGCAAAAGCUGCAAACCCAGGAGUGUCUGUGAGGUCCUGAGUAAUAAGGUAGUCAUCGCGGUGGGAAAAUGUGAGAGCCCACAGCCUGUCAACAUGACGUACUGCGCCGGGCACUGUGGAAGCAUGUCAAAGUAUUCUGCAGAAGCCAACAUGAUGAUGCACAAGUGUGAGUGUUGCCAAGAGUUCAAAACCAGUCAGAAACAGGUUGAACUGAACUGCGACAACGGCUCUAAGCUCCAGCACGCCUACGUGUUUGUGGAAGCGUGUCGGUGCCAACCAGCAGAGUGUGUGCCUGGGACGACUAGCAAACCCCAGCGUCGCAGGAGGCGCUGAUCACUGACUGGAUCCUGCCGGACACUGGACAACUGACAAAUCUUAACCUUAAAUCUACUCUUUUUGUCACACUUAUUUGUAUUUAUAGCCUGAGAGGCUAAUUUGCUGUUCACUUUCUUCAUCUGAGGAUUUCUUGGAUGAGUUAUUAAAAUUAUAUUCCUGCAAUAUGACCACUCGUUUCGACAUUUUCAUUAACCCUUGUCAAAUGAUAAACAACGAAGAGCACACAAAACAUCUGCAUGUUCAAAACAAAUAGAAACAUUAAGGGUACAAGUCAGGCUCAAGCUAACAUCAACCUAAGGAAACAUCGGAGAAAGACUUUCAGCUCCCACAGCUGACAUGAUAUCAUCGAGCUUCACUCUGUUCUCAGUCUGUCAAAUAAAGACUAAACACCUGCACUACAUGCUUUUAUUGUAUGUCUUAAAUAAAUGGUUU